AUGGACUUCUACCCUGUGGACGAGGACACCCCGCUGCUGCGGCCCGACGCGUCGCCACGCAGCGACUCGGAGCUCUCGUCGUACCCGGAGGCCGUAAACAGCGGGGACUCCCGCACCUCUCGCCGCAGCCAGACGCAGACGACGGAGCUGCAGCUGAGCGUGGACAAAAUCUCCUUCCUUUUCAGCCCCACGGCGCGCCCCGGGUACGGCAGUCCAGGCAACUACAAGAGCUUCGCCGAUGUGCCGCUCAACGGACCGCUGGAGGACGACGACGAGCUCAACAUGCUGGACCCGUACUUCGACGUGACCCCGUCGCGACUCCGUGUGGCCUUUGAAGGUGCGGGGCCCGAAGGAGACGGGGAGCUGUCGUACGAAGGGUUCCGAGCAGCGUUGGGGACGCUCGGCAUCCGAUGCUCGGACGACGCGGUGUUCUUGAAGCUGUUCGACGCGGCAGUGCACCGCCUCAAGCUGAUGCACAUGUUUGAUGAAGGGGCGGUGCAGGAGAUGAAGACGAUCGGCUACCAGCAAGCGUCCAUGUCGGUCUCGGACUUCUCGAGCACCAAGCUGCAGAGCUUCGUGCUGCGACAGGAAAACUUGCACGAGUUCUUCACGGCGCAUCGACCCGACUGGGUGAAUGUGCGGUGGAUCAAUCUGGACGGACGCGACAGUCUGAACCUCAAGAGGCUGGCCAUCAAGUAUCGUUUGCAUCCGCUUGCGAUUGAGGACACGAUUGAAGGUCACGAGCGCCCAAAGUUCGACCGCUACGAUGGACAUUUAUUUCUCGUGUUCCCUGUGCUGAGGCUGCAAUUGAGGCCGGAUAAAGGGCUCCCAUUGCAGCGCAAGCGUAAUCGACUGUACUCGUGCACGCACCAAGGAGACUCGCACGGCACACCCUUGCCCACUCUUUCCAAGGAGAGGCGAGGCUCGUUCCACCGCAACAUAAGUGCUGCCACUGACGACACCGAGGACGAGGAUGAAGAUCCACUCAAAGUCUGGAUCGAGCACGUAUUUAUCUUCGUCGUGGACAAUGACACGGUCAUCACGGUCAAAGACGGCGGCGACAGUGAUAUCUGGACCGAGCUGAAUCGCCGAUUGGCCGUGCCAUACUCCAAGCUGCGGCAUAACGACGCUAACUUCCUCGUGUACUCGGUGCUCGACGUGAUCGUGGAUCAAGUGACAGGCGUUGUCGAUUCCAUCACGGAAUGCCUUAUUGAGCUCGAGAACCAGCUUGAUCAAGAGCGGCACCGUUUUGACCUGCGCUCGUUGCGCCUUCUGAAGAACGAGCUGUUCCGACUUCCUCGGUUGCUUAAGCCCGCACGCGAGGUGCUCAAGAACAUCAUCGAGAGCAAGGAUUUCGACGCCACCGUGACAGACUACGUCCGUGACGUCCACGAUCACGUCGUUCAGGUGCUCGACGACAUCGAGCAACAGCUCCAAAUGUGCCGCCAGCUCACGGAAGAAUACCGCGAUGCAAAGGCGAACCAGAUGAACUACGUCAUCUACACGCUCACUGUGGUCACGACCGUCUUCCUUCCAGGCCAAUUCCUCACUGGCGUUUACGGCAUGAACUUCGAUGACAUGCCGGAACUCCAUGAGCGCUAUGGCUACGCACUCUUCUGGGUCUCUGCGAUCGCGAUUGCCGCGGCACUGCAGCUGUACUUCCGCUACAAGCAAUGGAUCUGA